GUUCCCUCAUUCUGGGAGGACGUCAUAUGGCAUCUUGCCACUCUAACAGUUAUCGGCAGUCCUCUACUCAUGCAGAGAGUCGGGACAUCUACACUGAUCAUCAGGGCACUGAUGAUCAGUACCCUGAUGAUCAGUGUGGCCCUGUCAGUGCCACCUGUCAGUGCCCAUCAAUGUCACAUGCCAGUGCCCAUCAAUGCCACAUAUCAGUGCCUACCAGUGCACAUCAAUGCCACGUAUCAGUGCCUUUCGCUCACAACUAUCAGUGCUAGUCAGUGUUGCCUAUAAGUGCCCAUCAGUGCCGGAUAACAGUUACAAUCAGUGCCACCUAUCAGUACCUUAUAUGAGUG